AUGGUCAGCCCGCAGAUGCCCCAGCUCUUGCCCCGGACAGUGAUCCUGGCGCUUAUUUUCCUUCCCCAGGCACGGCCUGCAGGCGUCUUCGAGCUGCAGAUCCACUCUUUCGGGCCGGGACCAGGACCGGGUGCCCCGCGGUCCCCCUGCACUGCGCAGGGCCCGUGUCGCCUCUUCUUUAGGGUCUGCUUGAAGCCAGGGGUCUCCGAGGAGGCCGCCGAGUCUCCGUGCGCCCUGGGCGCGGCGCUGACUGCACGAGGACCGCUCUACACCCAACAGCAGCCCGAAGCGCUGGCGCCUGAACUGCCGCUGCCCGACGGCUUCAUGCGCGUGCCCUUCCGGGAAGCCUGGCCGGGCACCUUCUCUCUUAUCAUCGAAACCUGGAGAGAGGAGUUAGAACAGAUUGGAGGGCCAGCCUGGAGCCUGCUGGCACGCGUGGCGGGUCGGCGCCGCCUGGCGGCCGGGGGCCCGUGGGCCCGGGACGUGCAGCGCGCAGGCGCCUGGGAGCUGCGCUUCUCCUACCGCGCGCGCUGCGAGCCGCCAGCCGUCGGGACCGCAUGCGCGCGCCUCUGCCGUUCGCGUAGCGCCCCCUCGCGGUGCGGCUCGGGACUGCGCCCCUGCACGCCGGUCGAGGACGAGUGUGAGGCCACGCCAGCGUGUCGCCAGGGCUGCAGUCCAGACCACGGCUUCUGCGAGCAGCCCAACGAAUGUCGAUGCCUGGAGGGCUGGACUGGGCCUCUCUGCACCAUCCCUGUCUCCAGCAGCUGCCUCACUCCCAGGGGCCCGUCUCCUGCCACCCCUGGAUGCCUUGUACCCAGGCCUGGGCCCUGUGACGGGAACCCGUGCGCCAACGGGGGCAGCUGUAGCGAGACCCCGGGAUCCUUCGAAUGUGCCUGUCCCCGAGGGUUCUACGGACUGCGGUGUGAGGUGAGCGGGGUGACAUGUGCGGAUGGACCCUGCUUCAAUGGCGGCUUGUGUGUGGGAGGCGCAGACCCUGACUCUGCCUACAUCUGCCACUGCCCGCCCGGGUUCCAAGGCUCCAACUGUGAGAAGAGAGUGGAUCGCUGCAGCCUGAAGCCGUGCCGGAACGGCGGGCUCUGCCUGGACCUGGGCCACGCCCUGCGCUGCCGCUGCCGCGCGGGCUUCGCGGGGCCACGCUGCGAGCACGACCUGGACGACUGCUCCGGCCGCGCCUGCGCCAACGGCGGCACGUGCCUAGAGGGCGGCGGCGCGCGCCGCUGCUCCUGCGCUCUGGGCUUCGGCGGCCGUGACUGCCGCGAACGCGCCGACCCGUGCGCCGCGCGCCCCUGCGCCCACGGUGGCCGUUGCUACGCCCACUUCUCUGGCCUCGUCUGCGCCUGCGCCCCCGGCUACAUGGGCGCGCGCUGCGAGUUCCCGGUUCACCCCAACGGCGCGGAUGAUGGCGCACGGGUAUUGCCCGCAGAGCUGCCGGGCCUGAAACAGGGGGACCCGCAGCGCUUUCUUUUGCCUCCGGCCUUGGGACUGCUGGUGGCCGCGGGCUUGGCCGGCGCGGCGCUCUUGCUGGUCCACGUGCGGCGCCGAGGCCCUGGCCAGGAUACUGGGUCUCGCUUGCUGGCGGGAACCCCGGAGCCAUCGGUGCACGUGCUCCCAGAUGCACUCAAUAACAGAAGAACACAGGAAGGUUCGGAGGAUGGGCCGAGCCAGCCAGCGGAUUGGAAUCACCCUGAAGAUGGAGACUCUCAUGCGAUUUAUGUCAUAUCGGCUCCUUCCAUCUAUGCCCGGGAGGUAGCUACCACCCCUCUACCUGCUCCCCACACAUUGGGCACGCUGGGCGGAGGCAGCCCCUGCAUUUCCUGUAGCCCUCUUUUACUUUAUCUGUAA